CUUAUCACCAGCCCACGAAUUCCACAUUGGUUCUAGCUACUUGUUGCGAUUUAUGGCCUCUUAAUCACCAUACCUUGUUACCCGCGUACUAGAGAGCGCGAGACCGGCUUGAAACUGACUCGACAUCCCGUGCGCAACAUCCCAACAUCCCGACAUCUGUGGGUUUGGCAGCGCGUAUCAAGGCAGCAUAUUAGCCCUAGCCCAGCGUAUAAUACGCGUCUUUUGACGUAUCGUACUAGGUAAGCUGCGUACUACGUAUUGGCUUUAUAAGCUGGGAGGCUAGUACGGUGCAACCCUGGUUUGGGGCUGGUAUUUACUAUUUACAACCCGCCCCCCACGUGAACAGCUACCCCCCGUCCCUCGAGGCGUCCCACCACCGCGGAACCGCAUAGACAGUUACACCGACUACCCCGCAUCAGCUACUGCACGACGCACAUCCUUUUUCCUGCGCGGCGCUGCAUUUAUUUUGCUAUGUAUAGGUACAGCGUAGCCGUCUCUCCUGAAUGCGCCCAGGCUGGCCCGCGGCCCAGCCUGUGCCCCCGACACUGGCAGGCCCCGCUGGCGGAGGCCGAUGUAAGCGCGGCGACCUCGCCGCCCUGCGCUGGCUGCACCGGCGCGGACUGCUGGACGGCCCCAGUGUGAGCUGGCUGGCUGGCCGCGUUGAGCUGGGGGCGGCGCCUGCAGCCGGAGGCACCGAGCACUGAGCAGGGCUGCAGGAUGGGGGCAGAAAAGUGUCAUGGCUGGAGCGGGAGCGGCGGCUACUGGGGGGGGGCUCUUGGGCAGCUAGCCGGCUAGCGUGAUGUGGUACUGACCAAGCAAUUACCCAUGCUCAGCACAGGGCUUAGCAUAGCGGAAUGUGAGGGCGCCAGCGCAUGGAAAUGAGCUAAUUGUGCCAUACCCGCAUCAUGCGAAACAUGUGGCACAGGCCGCAUAGCCCCAGACGCCGUCUGACACCGACGGCCCAAAGCCCCCAACAGCCGCCCCGCACACCUCAGUCAGUUCGCCGUCAUUACCGCCUGAAGAGGAACGACAGCCCGGCCGCCUGCUGUCACACUUGCGGCAAACUGGAAGGCAGCGUAGGGGAUGGCCCCCAUGCACCCCGUAACAUCACGCAUCGCUCGGUACCGCCGCUACCCGUUGCAUGAUGGCCCAGAGCGACACGAAGGCUGGAUGGCCACGGCUGACAGCGAUGAGGCUGACACGCGGCGGCGACCCAGAUGACACGCGGUGGUGAGGCGGCUGGGGCCGCGCGGCGGGGGUGACGUUGCACGGACGUUGUAUGGAGGUGAUGGACAUGUGGUUAGCCGGCCGGGACGGAGAGGCGGAGGAAAGACGUGUGUGAGCAAUGGCUUAGACUUCAGUAAAAGCAUGCGCAAAGCGACGUUGAAAUAGAAGCCUGUCAGGUUAGCCACAUUACUCAACUCCAGAUGGGAGCAUUGGAGUUUACGUGUCCCUUGCAAGGGGAGAACACAAGCAACAAGUAGGACGUUAUCAUUUUGUUGGCGUUAUAAGGGUCACCCCCGGUCUUCGGUUUCCCGAGGGCAGGAACCGGCAGGAAUGCACGCAGAGAUCUUGCGCACCACCUCAUAACCGCACAUACGUUCAAGGCUUCAACUCCCCCCGCACACCCCCACGAUGCCUCGGCCCCCUCCCAUAAGUAUUAUGGUGAUGACAGUGCCGCCGGCACCGGAUCGAUAUCGAGAGAGACACCAGUGCUCAAGUUUAUGGGGCGUCGCCGGACUAUACGCCUGGUGUACCUGUUUUUGCGUCUGGUGCUGUAGACAUGGUUUGUUACACGGUUGUGGGGCUUUGGCGGGCUUCGGCUUGGCUUCGACUUGUGACGGUGAAGCAACUGAGACACGCUUUAUACGCAGAAACAAUGCACGGUUUGGUGAAGGUCGACAGCCAGCUGGGGGGAGGGCGGUUUCCCUUCGGGCCGGAAAUGGUUCCCUCCUGACCUUGUUACACUUGGUCGGACUGUCCCUUCUUGUAAUGUCGCAUUCAU